AUGCAGCCGCCGCCGUCCGCCCAGCAGCGCCCUCGCAGCCCGUCGAUCCCGUACAUGCAGCCCUCGGCCCAGUCGCGCCCUCACUCGCGGGCAGGGUCGAACGUCUCGGCGGCGCACCUCACGUCGCCGCCGCCGUCGGGCCAGCUCGCGCACCGUCCGGCGUCGCCUUCUCAGCACGUCCCGGCUCGUGGACGGUCGCCGAGCCCGCAGCCGCACAUCCCCGAGUCGCUGCGACCUGCGUCGCCGAACCCGGCGAUGCAGGCUCAGCAGCAGCAGCAGCAGCAGCAAGCCCGGUCGCGCGCGCCCUCGCCGCACCAGCCUGCUCUCGGCUACGGCGCGCCUCCUCCUCAGCAGCAGCAGCAGCAGUACGGCGCGUCGCACGGCUAUGGCGCUGCCCCGGCGCCGCAGCAGGCGCUGUACGGUCAACCCGCCGUCGCCGCCGCGAGCAACUACGGGCACGGCCGAGCCACCUCGCCUGCUCCUCAAGGUCACGGCGCGCCCUACCAUCAGCCUUCGUCUACUCGGCAGUCGUACAUGGCCCAGGCGCCGUCGCAGGCCCAGCUUUACCAGUCGCCGCCGCCGUCCGCCUCGCCGUACCAGCACGCGCCUCCCCCUCAGCAGCAGCACGUCCCACCGACCGCCUACGGCUACGGCCAGCCUCCUCAGCAGCAGCAGGUGUACGCGCGCUCGCCCUCGGUCGUCGGCGGGUACGGCUCGCCGGCCUCGUCGGCUCCUCUCGGCCGCACCAACAGCAUGUUGAGCGGCGUCUCUGGCGCCUCGACGCAGCCGUCGCAGGUGUACCAGGCGCCUCCUGUCCAGCAGCAACCGGUCCAGCAGCCGGCGCAGCAGGCGCGACCGCCGAGCGUGGCGGGCCAGGCGCAGCAGCCGCCGCCGACUGGUCAACACACCGAGACGGGCCAGCCUAUCCUCUUCUACGUCAACGCCCUGUACGACUACGCCGCGACGUCGGCCGAGGAGUUCUCGUUCUCGACGGGCGACGUCAUCGCCGUCACGGGCACCGACCCUGACGGUUGGUGGCACGGACAGCGGGUCGGCGACCCUGGUUCGAGCAAGCUCUUCCCGUCCAACUUCACCGAGCUCUUGCCGUGAUCCGUACGGACGUCGACCCGCCUUCCUUGCCCUCGACGACGAGCUCGCCCGCCUCCCUUGUCGUAGACACUCUCUCUCUUUGAUUCGCUCGAGCCCCUCUUGUAUUGCGACACCGUAGACC